AUUUCAACCGUUUUUCCCAUCGACGGUUUUUAUACAUACGUAGAUACGUUCCCCACAAGUUGGAAUACAAAAAAUGAAAAAUUCUGUCCUAGUGUUCGAUUAUUCGAGUUCAAUCUGUUGAUCGGCGAAAACAUAUAUCUUUAGUGCCGCCGCGGAUAAACGACGUGUUUUUUAAAAUUAAAUGUAAACGAAAGAAAUAACCGCGAAAAUAACUAAAAUUUUAAAUAUUAUUUGAAAAUUAUUGUAUUAUGGGAAUAUUGUAAGAUUUUUGAAAAGAAGUGCGUAGACCUUUUGUUUAGUUGGCGAGUGAUCAUUUAAAAAUUUUAUCGUAAAAUUCAUAUCCUUACAUAUGAGUUUUGCAGUUAAAACGCAUCGUUGUGUUUUAGAAGGAAGAAAACAUUCCAAGACCAGACGUUUUGUGGAAAUUUUCAGUGAACAAGGGUAAAAUUUAGAAACCCAAAUAUAAAUUUCAUUAACUAGGAAAGAAUCUUCUGCAAAUAUAAAAAAGUAAAAAGUAAAGUGCUCAGAUAGGCCCAGUUUCGGGGAUAUCACAACAGAUACGUUAACUUAACAAUCGUUUAUAGGCCGACAUUUCAGAAAAGAUAGUUUACCAUGAAUGCAACAAAAAUUGAGGAUGUCAUCAAAGAUGAAACUCCCAUGCAAGAAUUCUACAGAAAGAAAUGUGUUUUCCUGACCGGAGGAACUGGAUUUUUUGGAAAAAUUAUCAUUGAAAAGUUAAUACGAGUCACGGAUAUCGAGCAUAUUUACAUACUUAUCAGGAAUAAAAAGGGCAAAGAUGUUUAUACACGACUUGAAGAGAUGUUUGAUGAUCCGGUAUUUGAUACAGUGAAACGAUUGAAACCAAAAUUUCAACAUAAAAUUUCCGUGAUAAAAGGCGACUGUUUGCUACCCGGUCUUGGUAUUAGCCCUGAAGAACGUAUACUUCUACAACAAAAUAUCGAUGUAGUUUUUCAUGCCGCUGCCACAGUACGAUUUGAUGAGAAAUUGAAAAUUGCAUUGGGUAUUAAUGUUUGCGGAACGAGGGAGAUUAUUGGACUAUGUCGAGAACUAGUAAAGUUGAAGGCGAUAGUUCAUGUAUCUACAGCGUUUGCUAAUUGCAACCAUAGUUUCAUCGAGGAGAAAUUCUAUAAAGUCAACCUAUCCGGCGAGAAUGCAUGUUGUCUGGCAGAUUGUUUGGAUGACCGAACACUCGAUAAUAUCACACAUGAGCUCAUACGCGACUAUCCAAACACAUAUACCUACACGAAAUCCUUGGCUGAGGAUCUAGUACGAUCCAGUGCAAAGGGUUUACCAAUUGUUAUAUUUCGCCCGGGAAUUGUGAUUCCCACAUAUAAGGAGCCUAUCCCUGGAUGGAUAGAUAACAUGUAUGGACCGAGUGGUAUUAUAGUUGGCGUAGGCACUGGCAUCCUCCGUGUAUUCCAUGGUCGGGUGGAUAACGCGGCACAUGUAGUACCUGUGGAUAUGUCGAUCAACGCUCUUUUAGCUGCUGCCUGGGAUGUUUCAAUGAAAACAUACGACGAACCGCCAAUUUAUAACUACAUUCCGGACGUUGAGAAUUCAGUCUCAUGGAAAACUUACAUAAAAGUAGGCUAUGAAAUAGGUUCUCGGUUACCAAUUUUACGAUCGAUAUGGCAUCCGAAUCUCACGAUCACCUCAUCGAAACUAAUGUUCAAUUUGCUUUGCUUUUUGUAUCAUACAUUACCCGGCUUCCUAAUGGAUCUAGGGCUAGUCGCCAUUGGAAGGAAGCCACGAAUGAUGCAGAUCUACCGAAAGGUUCACAAAUUCUGUGCAGUCAUGAGCUACUUCAGCAAUGGAAUAUGGAGAUUUUCGAACAACAAUACACGAAGGCUUUACGACAGGCUCACCAAAGAGGAUCAACAGCUGUUCAGCUUUGAUAUGCGAACAGUCCAUUGGGAGACUCUGGUUGAAGAUAGUAUAAGAGGAUUACGAACGUUCGUGGUGAAGGAGGAUCCGAAUAAUGUCGAAAAUGCAAUCAAACGAUACAAAAGACUGAAACUACUGCAUUACUCGCUGAUCUACGGCAUAUACACACUAGCAGUGUUUUUGCUCUACACGAUUUUAUCAAAAUUAUUUUAAGCUUUUAAAUGUCCUUUAAACAAUUUUUGGAAUAUCGUGCUUAUGAGAUUAUUGCUGGCACAAGGAAUAUGCACACGAAUGAAUGCAACUAAAACAUAAUGAAUCCAGCAAUAGAAACAUGUAUAUUACAUAGGGGAAUACGGUCAAAGGGGUAUCUCUAUUCUGAAGGCAUAUACUUACUUUGGGAGAUAAAGGAAAAAAAAAAACGUUAAAUAAAGUUCAACAAGGGAAAUUAUCCUUCAAAGUAUAUGCUUCGAGGUUCUGGAUGAAAUUUCUAAGCAAUACAGGAAACUAUGAACACAAACAGGGCAAAAGGAAAAAUAAACAAUAAAAGAAAACUUA